AUGGGUGCCAUGACGUCAUCGUUAGCGGCGAAAUUCGCGUUUUUCCCGCCAACCCCGCCUUCAUACGGGAUCGUGAAGGACCCGAGCACUGGAAAACUGCGAUUCGACAGCAUCGCGCCGCAAGACCACGUGGACGUGUUGCUGAUCGACACGCGGCGGAGACAGCAGGUGGCGGCGAUGUUCGUCCGCAAUCCCCGCGCGCGAUUGACGCUGCUGUACUCGCACGGGAAUGCGGCUGACCUGGGACAGAUGCACGACCUCUACGUCGAGCUCGCGCACAUGCUGCGAGUUAAUCUCAUGGGGUACGACUACACGGGAUACGGCGCCUCAACCGGCAAGCCGUCGGAGGCGGACACGUACGCGGACGUGGAGGCGGUGAUGGCGUGUCUGCAGCAGCGGUACAACAUCGGCGCGGACCAGGUCGUGCUGUACGGCCAGAGCGUCGGCAGCGGGCCCACCGUCGACCUCGCGUCGCGCACGCCGAACGUGCGCGGAGUCGUGCUGCACAGCCCCAUCGCGUCGGGGGUGCGCGUGCUGUACGAGGUCAAACACACCUACUGGUUCGACAUCUUCCCGAACAUUGACAAGCUGCCCAAAGUGGAGUGCCCUGUCUUCGUCAUGCAUGGCACGUCGGACGAGGUGGUGGACGUGUCGCACGGGCAGAUGCUGGUGGAUGCGUGCAAGCGGCCGUUUGAGCCGCUGUUCCUGGAGGGCGGGCACCACUGCGACCUCGAGUUCUUCCCCGAGUACCUGCGCUGCCUGCGCAAAUACAUCUCCUACCUCGUCCAGCACCCCCCCGCGCCCCAGCCCGACCUCCCCAGGAAGGCCAAGCGGCGCCCCGGAUGGGGAACCCCCAUAACAGCCAUCCGCUCCUUCAUGACCCCCAACCGCCACCGCCACCCCUCCGGCACCGCCUCUGCUCCUGCCACUCCCGUCGGCUCCUUCUCCGCCUCGCCCGCCUCCUCCUCCGCCUCCUCCUCCGCCUCCCUCCCCACCUCCAAUGGCAACUCAAUUGAUUCUGCCUCGUCCUCUUCCUCCACGCCCAACCCCAAGACCCGGUCGUGGAAGCUGAGGGCCAUGUCUCCAUCGUUCCGCUUCUCCCCUUCGACCUGGCGGAGGAAGGGAUCGGAGGAGGGGCAAGGGGACGAGGCGGAAGCGCUGGGAGUGGCAGCAGUGGCGCAAGGGAAGGCUCCUAGUGGUCCUGCCACAGGUUCAGGAUCAGGAUCAGGCUCUGCUGCUGCUGCUGCUGCUGCUGCUGCUGCUGCUGCUCCUGCUGUGAAUGGCAUAGCAGCUGAAGGGACUUCGUCAGGUGCUGGUGCUGCUGCGAAUGGAAAGGCCAUUGAAGCAGCAGUGGCGGCAACAGGAGUUGCUGCCAUGGGCGGGGAAUUCAUCGUCGCACGGACUCUCAGUACCUCGCGGGAUUCCCGGAGCCGAAUCGCUGCGAAUGCUGGGAAGAAGAGAGUGUCUGGACGAUCGGCGGGGACUGCAACGAGCAGCGCAGUCUUCCACCCAAAUCACAUGCCGAUUCAGCAGUGGCAGCGGGAUAGGGAAAAAUCCAAGCCCUGGCAGCAGGCCGAGGAAACAACCCUCCACCUCCUCCCCAACUCCAUCCUCCCCUUCCUCUCCACAACAAGCAAAGGCUCUCCCCCCCCACUCGCCUCCUUCCCCUGGGCCCCUCUCCUGUCAUCUAUUCUCGCGCGCUUCCACUCGCUGCUCUCCGUCUCCUUCUCCCUCCUCCUCCUGCCCUACCUCCUCUCCUCGUCCCUAGGAGAGCUUGCUUUUGCUCUCAGGCAGCAGCAGGCGCUGCUGGCAGGGACUGCUGCGCUCGCUGCCUGUCUGGGCUGCUAUUGGUUGAUGGAGCGAGCGGGGAAGGAACUGGGUGCGCUGGUGAAGGGAGAAGGGGCUGUUGGCAAGGUUCUUGCACUUGUUGUUCAGAACUCGACCAACCUUAUGAUGGUUGUUGCAGUCAUCUGUGCGCUUCUCAAGGACGCCGGACCCUCCCUCCCACCUGUCCUUCGUGUCAUCGUACCAUUCUUGGCAAACGGUGGUUUAGUUGCUGUUUUUGUGCGGUUAGUUUUACGGCUUGUCAUGGCGUGGCGCGCGUCGCUCUCGCAGUUUCUCCACGAGAUCCGCAUCCAGCUCUGUCAAACGUCGCCCGCGAGCUCCGCCGCCAGGCAGUUCGUGCAGCGCAACUACGCGGACCUGAAGAAGCAGAACCCGCGCCUGCCCAUCCUCAUUCGCGAGUGCAGCGGCGUGCAGCCGCGCAUCACCGCGCGCUACGACUACGGGGUGGAGCACAGCAUGGCACUGGAGGGCCUAUCGGAGGAGCAGAUAGACGGCAAGCUCAAGGAGUUGCUGGACCUGGGCAAGAUGGCCGCAGCAGAUGCAGCAGCAGCCAAGCAGCCGUCGUUCAAAUCCAAGUGGAUCAGCGCGCAGAUGGCGCACGGCUCGCGGGUGCAGCUGAUGUCCAGCGCGUUUCAGUCGUGGUGGGGGCCCGAGAACGCCAAGGCGUGGGGCGGCGGCGGCGGCACGGUGCAGUCGCCGCACCGCGGCGAGCCCAGCAUCCUCUCGUCCUUCCUCGUCUCGCGCGUCUCCAACACGCAGAUCCGCCUGCAGGUGCCGAACGGCAAGUACGUGCGCGCGGGCGGCGUAUACGCGGGCAUCAACGCCAAGUUCCCCACCAUGGACCUCACGCCCAAGGCCGACCGCACCACCGUCUUCACCAUCGUCUCCGCCGGCGCUGGCACCAUCAACCUCCUGGCGUACGACGGCAAGUACGUGAGCGCAAGCGGCAACAAGGGCGACCAGCUGCUGCGGUGGGCGACGACGCCGUCGCAGUGGGAGGCGUUCGUGGUGUUCGAGGCCAUGAUGGUGCCCGCCAUCCGCGGCGCCAACAUCGGCGGGUGGCUCGUGUACGAGCGCUGGAUGAACCCCGGGCUCUAUAGCAACCCCCGCAAGUGGAAGGAUGGCACCAUGUUCCGGCUGCAAUCAAUGACGACCAAGAAUUAUGUCACGGCCAAGAACUAUGGUGGCAGCACGAUCAUAUGCAAGGACUCCACUCCGGGCUAUGACGGCAUCUUCUUCCUCCGCACCAACGGCGCCAAGUACCAGGUGCGAGUGCAGGGCACGCAGUUCUGGACACUCUCAGGCUCCUCUGUCGUCGCUUCCUCGCCCAACCCCACCAAAAAGUACUCGGACUUCUCCUUCCAGUUCAAGGACAGCAGUCUGUCACUGGUGCGAGUGAUAGCGUCCAACGGCAAGAUGCUGCGCGCCACGGCAUCAGGAGACAUUGUGGCAGACGGCACCUCCACCUCCUGGUCGGGGGACACCGCCUUCGCCGUCACCAUCACUGGCACGCGCGACGACGAGUGGCAGCUCUCAGCCGCCCUCGGCCCCAGCAAGGUCACCCCCUACAUGUCCUCCUUCCGCACGGCCUUCCUCACAGAGGCCGACUUCCAGUACAUGAAGCGGCAGGGGCUGAACGCGGCGCGCAUCCCCAUCCCCUACUGGAUCAUGCAGGACCCCUCCCCCGAGUACCCCUGGGCCGCAGGCACGCGCGACCGCCUUGACUGGGCGUUCACCAUGGGGAGGAAAUACGGCAUCCGCAUCUGGCUCUCCCUGCACGUGCUCCCGGGGACCCAGGGUGGCACGUACGGGUCGAGAGACUCGCUCACGCUCUGGCCGCUCCCGGCCAACUACCGCAAGUCCAUCCACCUGGUGGAGUGGCUCGGAAAGCGGUACGGCGGGAAGAGCGAGUUCCUCGGGAUUGGGUUGGUGAACGAGCCGGUGGCGCCGUGGGCGUACGGGGUGCAGGCGGGCGUGUCGCUGCCGCUGCUGAAGAAGUACUACAGCGCGGGGUAUACCGCGCUGAGGAAGGGCGCCAAGUGCGCGUUCAUGUCCAUGGAGGGGAGGAUCGGGAGCAACAUAUGGGAGGUGCACUGGCAUCUGUACGACAACGUGCACACGAACGUGAUCCUGGAGUCGCACAUGUACAAUGUGUUCAAUCCGGACCUGGUGAACAACAAGCAGAUGACGGCCGCGCAGGAGGUGGAGUACACACGCACUACCAUGCCCGCCAAGCUCAGGGACUACCAACAGUUUGGCCGGCCGGUGCUGGUGGGGGAGUUCUCCAACGCCAUGGCGCACCCAGACGACAGCUACCAGGCAGCCUUCGGCAAGGCACAGCUGCAGGCCUUUGCCACCGCACAGGCCGGCUGGUUCUUCUGGUCACUCAAACAUAAUAUCUCACUCGGUUACGAGCACUGGAGCUUCGUCAAGAGCAGAGAGAAAGGAUGGCUUCCUCAAAAGUCCCCUGGCGUGUGGUGUCGGACAUACCCUUCGCAUUUUACAUCUCUGUUACUCGACGACUUUCCUUCAUAUUCGACUUUCCCCAUGACGCUCACGCCGCUCCACCCCCUUACGCCGAAGACUGUUCCGCACGUUGUAGCAGCCGCCGCAAAGUCGCCAUUCUUGAGAGGUCCUGGAACGACCUGCCAUACCACCUCAGACUGCGUCGGGUCGGCCCACUCGGAGAAUUGCCCGAUGCGACAGACGCACCACAGAGCAGGAUUUCACGUCGAUGUAGACCCUAUGAUUGAAGACGCCUGGGAAGCUGCUGUCUCCUCAAUCUCGAAUGUAAUGGAGGGCCCGUCGAGGGCGCUCAAGGAUGGCGGCGCGUGCAUCUCCAAGAAGGCGCAUGAGAUGAGCGAAGCCGUCUUGAAGAGAUUUGACCACGCUGCAACGUGA